AUCAACUGGGAAAUAUUUUCAGUAAGACACUUGAGUUCAGUUUACAGCAUGAUUCGAAUUUUGGUUUUAAUGAUUACAUUCACUCUAAUGACUGGUAGCGCUCUUUGUUCUAUCGAGCAACUUAUGCGGGUCUUUGGCGGUGGAUCUGUUGGAGGAGGUUCUAGGCUGGACAUCAACAGAAGGGUAACUAUAGUACCACCCGAAGGCGAACUCUCGUUUGGAUAUGGCUUUCGUCCUGGAUUCUAUUGAUUUAAUCCGCAUCUAUAUUAUUUGUUUUGUGUUGAGGGCAGCUGGUUUCAUGUACAGCGUAAACGCUUUAUAAUAUUUAAAUAUACUAUUUACUCAAUGCUACUACAAAUACAAUCAAUGUUGUCACAUUAAGAUUUAUGACUACUAUUUUUUUUUAUUAAUUACAUCCAAGUUGUUUUGUGGUACCACGCUUUCAGCGCUCUGGUGUAAUAUCAAAAAAGAACGCUUAGGUCGUGUAGCUCAAUAACCGUACCAUUCGUCUUUCAUAACACGAAGGAAUGAAAUGUAUGUGACUUAUAAAAUGACAAUAAUGAUUGUAAUGAACAUUGAUCUAAAAGACGAUAUAUGGGCUUAAACUC